GACCAGCCCCAACAUGGAGGCCCUUGCCUUGUAUAACUUCCAGGCGUCCGAGAAGGAUGAAUUGGCCUUUAAGAAGGGAGACACGCUGAAGAUUCUGAACAUGGAAGUGGACCAGAACUGGUACAAGGCAGAGCUCUGUGGGCUGGAAGGCUUCGUCCCCAAAAACUACAUCAAAAUGAAAGCUCAUCCGUGGUAUUCUGGCAAAAUCUCCAGGCAAGGCGCUGAAAAGGCCCUCCUCAGACGACGGUUCCGGGGCAUGUUUCUCAUCCGGGAGAGCGAAAGCAGCCCGGGGGAUUUCUCCAUCUCUGUGAACUGCGGAGACCAAGUGCUGCAUUUCAAAGUUCUCCGAGAUAAAAGGGGCAAGUACCACCUCUGGGAGGAGAAGUUCAACUCCAUCAAUGAACUGGUGGACUUCUACCGAACCACCAGCAUCGACAAGAAGAGGCAGGUCUUCCUGAAAGACCAUGGAGAAGCCGAGGAGCCCAGGAAGCCGACGUUCGUCCAAGCCCAGUUCGACUUCUUGGCCGAGAACCCCUCGCAGCUGAGCUUCUGCAGAGGGGACGUCCUCAAGAUUCUGGACUGCUCGGACCCCCACUGGUGGAGAGGGAAGCUGGGGGUGAAGGUGGGCCUUUUCCCUCGGAACUACGUUUUCCCCCUGCGCAUGUGACCUGCCUGGCUCACUCAACCAUCCCUUCUGGACCUUCCCUUCUCUUGCACCAAGUCAGCCGAUGUUCUCACUCGGCCCUCAGCCAGAGCCAGGCAAAACGUUUCAUUACUUUCACACUCCGACCUUAAAAGAGGAACCCCCAGACGGCCGUUCAGAGGCUGAAACUUUGGGGCUCAUUGCAGGCUGAAAUGCUUUGCAGACCGAUCCCCAUCACUCACCUGGAGCCCAAACAAACCUCUGGAGUUUUCUAAUUAUUUUGCCUUAUAAAACAAUGUACUUCUAGCCGUAGAACCGCAGUGCAGCUUCAAUCAAAGCGCUGUCCCAAGUCAGCCCUUCUUCACAACUGCCUUGU